UUUUGUUGUAUUCACUUGUAUUCUUUAUUUCUUUAUUCUCUUUUAAGUUGAAUUAUGUGCAUAUACAAUGUAAAGCCACAGGUGCAAAAUGUCAUUUAAUCGCUUUAGUGUCAGUUCAGAAUUCUUUUAUGUCAAUAGUUUGCAUCUUUUAUGAACUGGUUUAUCCUGUAUCAUCAUUUAAGGAUUCACCAUGGAAAGAUCUGGACCUUAUCGAGCCACAAAAUUGUGGAAUGAGGCAAUCUGCAUUUUCAAAAAAGGAAUGCCUGUCAAAAGGCACAGACGUCACAUGAAAUACUACGAUGGAACAUUCACCGGAAUUGAGGCAGUCAACUGGUUUCAUGCAGCACUCCUGAAAACAUCUUACUUCGGUCCAGAUGUUACUCGGGACCAGGUUGUUCGCUUACUAGACAAAUUUUUGAAGGCCAAUGUUUUCACAAGUAUCAAGACAACCAAUCGGCCUUUCAAAGAAGGAGCAGAGUUGUAUCAGUUUGUCACUGAAGAUGAGUCAUCUCUGAAGAAUCGCUCUCUAAAUUCUGAGGAUAGCAAAAUUUUUAAUGGCCAGCUCCGAGAUACAGAAAAAGGUGGUGGAAAAUUGGCUGAAAUAGGGAAGAUGGAAUUUGAAAAUAUUCUCUGGAGGAGUAUGUUCCUAAGACGGCUCAACCUUUUGAUGGAGGGGGUUGACUUAAAAUCCAUCUUGCCGAUGAGUGCCAUCAAUUGUAAUUAUCUUGUUCUGAAUUGCAAAUACAUGAACGUUGGUGCUAAUUUUCCACAGUGGGUAUUGGAAGCUAUCAACACGCUACUACUAUUUGACUGGCCAAUGAGUAAUAUCGGUCACUCUCCAACCUAUCCUGGAUUUGAGACAGACAUAGUGGAAGUUAUAAAAGAUUAUUUCAACAGUUUAUCGGAUCCCUUGAUUCCAUUUCAAUUCUACAAUGUCUUCGUUUGUGCCUAUCAAUAUUUAGACUCUCUUGAAUCCAGGAGGAAAAUGUAUUCCACUAAUCAGCAUACCAUGCCAUAUGCAAGUCGCUCCACAGAAAAUCUGAUUCUCGGGAUGUCAAGCCCAUUGAAGAAAGGAAGAAGCUCCAAAAAGAAGGAGACUUUGAGGAACAGAGAAUUUCACUCUUCAAAUGACAGCCUCUUGAAUGAAUUCAACAUUCUCUCCGGUUCCUUGCCUCGCAAUUCCUGCUUUGAAACUGCCUUUACAUCCGAUUCACCAACCACAAGGAUUGUUCCAAAAUCUGCAGUUGAUACGAUACACCUUGCUCCUCGAAAGAGCACCUCCUCUUUUCCUGGAGAUGCUUCAGAUCAGUGUGAAACUGAACGAAUGGAACUAAAACCAUUGAAACCAUUGCGAAGGAAAAUACCAAGCCAGCCCAAGAAUCAACCAGAAUUUGAUUAUAAUUCUGAUACAGAAAAUGUCAAUCCUCAUCACAACGUAACCCAAGGAAAGAAGUAUUACAACCGACAUCCUCCGCCAGAUCGUCAAACUUUUAAUCCUGCACCAAAGUGUCCCUCUUACGAUGAAGCCAUCAAGUCGCUAACUUUUCAGCGCAGAUUGAAAAAGAAACUUCAUGAUACGAACAAAGAAUCUUUCAGCACGCUUCCUAAACUCAUAAGGAAGCAUAAAGCGGAAGCGAUGUCGAAUAAAAACAUGGAGUAUGAAUAUCCACAGAAAAAUCUCAAGUACUUCUCAAUAGCACAAUGCGAUAAUCUGUCUGAUGAUUUUAAAGGUCUUAAAACACCUUUCAGUGUUUCGGGUCACAACCUCAAUGAUUUUCCUUGUCAUGAUCCCAAGUACAAAAAAAUCAAUAAAUUCAGCUCGCAAAAUUCUUUGGAUGACAAUUUUGAAAGACCGAGGCACUCAGCCAACAUCAAUGUCAAGAAUGCUAGAAAGAAUAGUUUGUUUGGUAGUCGCUUUGAGCCUCGAGCUAUUUCAAAGUCCAUGGAGAGAUUGGCAUCAGUUGAUUCCCCUGGUGAAGUAGAGUUUAACUAUGGGAUAGCUUUGGAAACUUUAAACCGAUUGAUGGAGUGCAGCCGCUCAACUACUCCUGACUCUGAACAAUAUCUGACGGUUAAUGACAACUCCUCCUUCUACACUGACUCAGAUGACUCUGAUAGCUCUUAUGAUGGUAACCAACGGAGGAAAAAGAAGUCUGGUUGGAGCGAUGAGACUGUUAAUUCAGGCAAGAAGAUCUUCCAACUUCUCUGCCUUCUGCUCCCACCAAAAAAUCGGGCCCAACUUAAACUUUUACUUUUACUCAUGUCUCGUUUGAUGGCCUCUCCUCAUUCUCAGGUACUGUAUGAGCUAAGCCAAGGAGUAAUGCGAGAAAAUAAUAUAAACAAACAGAAUGAUCUUGCAUUUUUCGUUGUUUGUUUCCUACUGGAUCAUAAGGAUAUAUUAUUUAAACCGCCUCUGGACUUUGUCAACGAAAUUCGCUCAAAAGCCAGGAAGUGCCUUAAUUCGUCCAGAAAGAACCAUGCAUACUGUGAACGGGUAAGCACAGAGGAAUUUGAGCAACAAAGAUUCACUGGCUCUCAACGUGCUCUGGCUGAACUCCUGGAUCAGAUUCUCCAUGAUCAGAAAAUGAACGCAAAAGAAAAGAAGAGGAAAUUGAAAAUGUUUCAGGAAGCCUACCCAGAAAUAUACAGUCUCAAGUGCCCGCUAGAGACGGAAUCAAAGUCGAAGUCUACAAUGAUGGGAAAAUUUCCUUCCUUAAGCAAGUUGAAGCAGCUUCGCAUUUAAACUUCUCUCGGCAGUAGCAAUUCUCUUCGUAAUUGUAAGGUGCUCAGAAAUCCCUCCUUCGUUAUUUCUUUCACUAAUUAGCAGGUACUGACUAGUGUUAAUUAGCAACAAGUUAAAAAAUAGAAUGAAAUUAGAGAUAAGAUAUUUAUGAAAACUGUUUUCCCCUUCAGAUAGAUUAUGUUUAUUUCUACCCCAUAAAAGACUUAUCCUCACUUCCCAUGUUUAUUUGGAGUGUGCCAUCUUUUUUUUUUCUCUCUCAAUAAAUAGUUACUUUUGUACCUUAACUAAA